AACUUUGAUGGCAUUGAUGCGGACAGUGAAGGAGAUGAAAUUUCAGAUCGAUCUCAGGGUUCAUGUACUCCAAAGUCUCCAAACUCUGCUGCAGCAUUUGCUAGCAGUGGGGAUGAACUGGACUCAUUUGAGACUCACCAGGAAACUGAGAUGGACAUAAAGGGACCUGAAUCCAUCCCUUCCUCAGGCAGACUACUGUCCAAGGAGACUGAAGAUUCUGGGAUUCGAAUGCGAUCAUAUUCCCUUUCCUCGCCUAAAGUAUCGCAAAAUAAAUCUCGAUUCGCAAGGGAUUUUAGUUUGUGUGAUUCCACAAGUGAAGAUGGUGUUCUCAGCAGUGGACGUUCCCUUCUUCAGGCGCUCUCCCUGUCUAAAUCAGUUUCUCUGCUACACCAUGGUAAACAGCGAACCUUCAGUCUAUCCGAGCAACCGAAAGAAAAAAGGGAACUUAGCUUUCGCAAACGGGCACAGUCAGCUGAUGAGGAAGGCUGUUCGGAGCUAGCAGACUCGCUGCAGCACCUGACAAUGUCGGAAUUUCUUAAAGAAAUUGACGAGGAAGAGUGGGACAAGUAUAUUAUUCCUUCAAAAGCAGAGACUGAGAAAUAUAAAGUGAGCCGCACAUUCAGUUUCCUCAAGAACAGAAUGACGAGCACCAGAAACAAGGGCAAGGGGAAACACAAGGAUACCAAGGAUAAAGAGAAGUGGAACAAUGCCCAUCACUUUGUUGCAGGGGCUAUUUCAGGGACAGUGCACUGCUUGGUCUGUGACAAGAUUGUCAGUGGAAAAGAUGUUCUGCAGUGCUCCAAUUGUUCCAUGAACGUUCACAAAAGUUGCAGAGAUUCUGCCCCUACGUGUACCAAAAUCAAGCAUCCCAAACCUCAAGACAAAUAUCACAUAGUUUCCAAAGGCAAAGCAGCCCAUUGUAUGCAUUCUAAUUCACUUAAGGAUGCUUCGUCACUAUCACUGAACACAUCAUUCUCUUUACCUAUUGGAAUCUCUGCUCUCAAACGAGAAGCCUCGCUACAACAUCAGCCACUGUCAAAAAGUGCUUCAAGUAUCAGUGUAGACAGGAGACUUGGCGAGUCGAUGGAGACGGAAGCGGAUGGCUAUAUUUCCAGGAACAGAUCACAGUCUGAGGAAUUGUUUCAAACAAUGGGCUCGUCUCCUUCAACAGAAUCACUAUCACUAGACGAUAAUAUGGUCCCUCCAAUGCGUGAAGACCUUGAGUUUGAUGCACAGGAGUUUACUGCUGAGUCUUGGAGCCUUGCAGUUGAUCAAGCAUUUAGUAGUAAACAGCAGAAGGAUCUCAUAAAGAGACAGGAUGUGAUCUAUGAGCUGAUGCAGACAGAGGUGCACCACGUUCAGACCCUGGAGAUAAUGUCAGAGAUUUAUAGGAAGGGCAUGAAGGAGGAGCUGCAGUUAGAUCAUAACACCAUCGAUAAAAUAUUUCCCUCUUUGGACGAGCUCUUAGAAAUUCACAAACACUUUUUCUUCUGCUUGAAAGAGAGACGCCGGGAGUCUUUCGAGGAAGAUAGUGAAAAGAAUUUUUUCAUUAAUAAGAUUGGUGAUAUCCUUUUACAGCAGUUUACAGAUGAAAAUGCGAGUAAGUUGAAGCACACAUACGGAGAAUUUUGCAGUCAUCACAAUGAGGCAGUCAGUUUCUUUAAAGAACUGCAACAACAAAAUAAAAAAUUUCAGAACUUUAUCAGGCAACAGAGCAACAACCUGCAAGUCCGACGCCUGGGUGUGCCUGAAUGUAUACUAUUGGUUACCCAACGGAUCACCAAGUACCCAGUCCUACUUGAACGAUUACUGCAAUACACAGAAGAGGGGACGGAGGAGAAUGAGGAUGUGACCAGAUCUCUUGCCAUGAUAAAGGACAUCAUAGUGUCAGUGGAUACGAAUGUUAACAAAUAUGAGAAGGUCCAAAAACUGCAGGACAUCUUAAACAAGUUUGAAAACAAAACGUAUGCCAAGUUGAAGAAUGGCCGUGCGUUUAGAAAGCAAGACCUGAGCGGCCGAGACAGGGAACUGCAGCACGAGGGAUCAAUGUACUGGAAAACAGCCACAGGACGAUUGAAAGAUAUCACUGCUCUGCUCCUGACAGAUGUGCUGAUUUUCCUGCAGGACAAAGACCAAAAGUAUACUUUUGCCGCUGUGGACCAGAAGCCUGCAGUUAUCUUACUGCAGAAGUUAAUUGUCCGUGAAGUUGCAAAUGAGGAACGAGGAAUGUUCUUAAUCAGUGCUUCAUCUGCUGGGCCCGAAAUGUACGAAAUACACACAAGCUCAAAGGAGGAGAGGAACAAUUGGAUGAGACUGAUUAGAAUGGCAGUGGAGAGUUGCCCUGAGGAGGAGGAGGAACGAUUAAGUGAAUAUGAAGAGGACAAACGAAUUGCUGAGGCUAGAGCUGCCAAGACCAGGAAAUUCCAAGAGCGGCUGGGUGUGCAAGAUCAGUUGAUUUGCACAUGUUUGGAGGAGAAGUUGCAGAUCCAUACAGACAUGAUUGGAAGACACGGCAGUGAAGAAGUAAAUCAAGAGGCCCUUCUUUUGAUUAGACCAGAUACGGUUGAACUUCCACAGGCUGGAUUUUUAUUGACCGCUGCAGUCAGGGAAGCUGAGAGCCUUCAAACUGCACUGACAUCUCAGCCAUGCAGCUAUGCUGGGCAACCAUUGGAACAUUUGGGAGAACCAGUGAUGCCAAACAAGCUGGAUGUGUCUGGGAACGUCAUCCAUUAUUCACCACCUUCUGUGUCACCGGACUCCAAGAACCUAGAUAUGAAUCGACCAGUCAUAGAUUCUGCAACGAGACCAUCAGAAAAUGCCCUGUCCGGCUCCGAUGCUCUGUUUUUGCAAGGAGACAGCGAACUCUACCCGCGUAGGCCGGAAAGCUACAUGCAAACGAUUGUUUGGAGAGUGCACAACCUUACUCGGCUUCUAUACAGUUUACAGGCUGCAGUGACCAUCCAGGACAGUUACAUUGAAGUGCAACGCCUCAUCCUGCAGGAGCGUGAGCGAUUAGCUCACACCCACACCCCCCGAGGAAACGUACUCCUCGAGCAGGAGAAGCAGCGCAACAUGGAGAAGCAAAGGGAGGAACUGGCAAACGUGCGCAAACUUCAGAACCAGCUGCAGCUGGAGCAGCAUCGCUGGGAGCAGGAGAGCGAGCAGCGGCAGAGGGAACAGGCAGCGCGAGAGAGCCGGCUGCAGGAAUGCGAGCAGGAACGCCAAGAGCAGGCAGAGCAGCUACUGAGAGACCGAGAGGAGCUGGAUGGCCAGUGGAAGGAAUACCAGCAAAAUCUGGAGAGGCUGAGGGAAGGCAUGAGAACGUUGGAAAAAGAAAAAGAUAAGUUGGAGUCGCAACAGAGGCACAUAAACUCCUGGAAGCACAGUCGGCAGAGAAGUCUACCUGUGAUGAUGUCACCACAGGAAAUCCCUCAGGCCCCUACACACUCUCAAACAGGAAGCUUGUGCGACACGCCACCAGAGACAGCAUCAAUCUUUGUAAACGAGGCCGCGCUCCACUAUUCGCUGAACAACCACCAGAGAGCAAACAGCGUGCGGACAUUAUCUGAGUCUCACAAGGUGGAGAGCCCCUAUGGUCCCGCUGUUAGGAUCAAUGAGAACUUGAGGCAUGAAGUUCCCGUUCAACUGAGUAUGACCAGCCAGUUCCUGAAAUUCCAUCAACAGAUUCCAGCAAAAUUAGCAAGUUUCUCCAAAGGAAACAAGGAAAAGAACAAAGCUUCCUAUGAUCCAUCCAACUAUAUAAGAGAGAGGGCAUACAUGAAAGGAGAUGAUGCUGAAAAAGCCUGUAGUUCUUCAAGUCAUGUGCUAAUGGAGCAUCAGAGUUUGAUUUUCCAUUCAGAUGUGAAUGACAAACAAGCAGACUUGUCUGUGCAGCAAGCAGCUACAAGUGUUCAGCAUCCAUGGACUUUGCAGUCACAACAGUCGGCACACCAGCUAAUGGAAGGGCCCUCGUUUGCCCCACAAGAAAGCAAAAAUGGUCAAGAGGACUUGGCAGAGGAGGAAAACAUAUUCUACUUCUGAAUCUCUUUCAACAUCAGCACUUUUAUGUGAAACUGGAACAACGGGACACCUUGACCUCUUGGUCGCAUUUGGUUAAAUGUUACAAGUACUGAAAUCGAGCAGUAAAUUCUUCACAAAGCCUCGUAGAUCCAGAAAUGCUUAUAAACCUUGAAGUUUCAUGAAAUUUAUUACACGUUUCACUUUAGCGAUAAGAUUGUGAUACAUGAAAUGAUAUAUCAUCUGUUAUGUCAGGCCAGCUGAAGCAGUUGUAAAUCAAAAAUGACUAUAUCUAACUUGCAUACUACUAAUUUCAAGGACAGGUUUUGCGAUUUGUCUAAAGUUAAACACUACCUUGCUUAUUCAGUUUAAACUUAAUUUCCCAGAGGCAAAGUGGACCCCUUCGAUGCUGGUUCCAUUUUAUUUUAUCAAGUCACGUAUUUAUUGUCAAAUGCACAAGUGUGGUGAGGUACAAUGAAAACCCUGCUUGAAGCAGCAUCACGGAAAGUCUGAGCGGUGGUUACUAAUUUUGUUUGGUGUUUGUUGUACUUGGCGCUCGCUAAAGUUUUGUUUUUCGGUUACAAUUUGAUAUUCCUCUUCAUGAAUAUUACAAAUAUAUUCCUUUAGUCACUUUCCCUACUGAGGUGUUGAAUCAGUUAACCCAAUGUUUUGCACUGUCUUAUCGCAUGCUCGGAAGGUGGCAAUGAUCAGACCAUUCUAAUGUUGCAGUACGUUUCCACAAAGCAAAUAUCACAGGCCGUUGAUAUCCUCAGAAACUCCCUGUGAAAUAUAAUCAUUCAAUGCAUCCCGGAAUUGGCCAACCCCUGUAUAUCCACUGAUUUCCAGGUUAGUUUGAUUCACCUAUUUGGCACCUUUCAUGUACAGUACUACAUUUUCCCUUAAGAGCCUGAGUUGAUGAUUGUCCAAUUUGUGCUCAGACCACUAGUUUAAUGAAACAAUCCGCAUUUAUAAUGUUUGAAACGUCACCUAUUCCAUGUUCUCCCGAGAUGCCGCCUGACCCGCAGAGACUCCAGCACAUUGUGUCUUUAUGUGCAUCUAUAAAGUGUUGUCCAUGAUCUCAAACUGCCCAAAAUGCUUUACAGUCAGUGAAGUAAUAGGUUUCUGUUUAUCCAUUGAUCUUUGAUUUGAGACUCUUUCUAUUAAUGUCCUCCUCAUUGUUUAUAUGCAUUGUCCAAAGUUUGUUAUAUCUUUCUUUAAUGACCCACUGUCAAUUAUCCUUCCUGAGCUAAUGUAGUUCAAGAUGCCUCCAGCACCCUAAGUAAUUUUGUUGUAAUCUUCUGUGAGUUCACUUUCUGAGACCGGUGCUUCAUCUGUCAGGCUGAAGAACCUGUAAUUUUCUUGCCACAAAUUAUAUUGUAGUUUCAGAAAAUGGACCACAAAUGCCACUGUAAUCUCCUUCUGUUUUAACCUACAGAAAAUGCUGAUUAUGUUUUAUAUACUCAUCUCCUCAGCAUGUCUCACCACUUUGUUCCUCUGAAGAUAGACACAAAAUGCUGGAGUAAACUCAGCGGGACAGGCAGCAUCUGUGGAGAGAAGGAAUGGGUGACGUUUCAUGUCAAGACCAUUCUUCAGACUGCGUGUUCGAUAGAAUGUGCCACUUAUUAGGUUCAUUUUCCAAUCUAAAAGCUUACUUAAAAAGAUUUUUGCUCCGUUAAUUGUUUGUCAUUCCUGGUCUUGGCCUUUUUUUUCACUCGCACAAGAAGAUUUGAUGCUAUCAGCAAACCCUCUGUGUGCAUUUCUAAAUAAUUUGAGUGCAUGUUGCAAACAAUAAAGGAACACGCACUGAUCUGCGAGCAUCCUGCCAGCCGCCUCCUUCAUGCUGAUGCGGCUCCAGGCACAGUGACCCUUUGUGAGUUCAGAAUCAACCAAUUUCCAGUUCACUUCAGAAAUUUGGCUGCCAUUUAGAAGAAUGUGCCCUUGGGUUUAUUAACCUUUAAAACUGCCUACAGUUGUGUUUGUAAUUCCUUGUUGAACUGUUAUUGGUGAUAAGCUCUGGUCCUGCUUAUUCUCGUUUAUUUUUGAAUGUCACUUUUUUUUUGCACUUUAAAAAAACCUCAAUGAUGUUCUUUGCAUGAGUUUGGAAUCAUCAUUGCAUCCCAUAUCUCCCACUCUGCCUUCAGGCUGGCCACAUUAAUACUUUUGGGCCACAGUAUAAAGGUGCAUACUGAUGGCCUAGAACAGGGAAAUCCAGGGCAGCCAGGGUUCGAUCCUGACUACGGGUGCUGUCUGUACGGAGUUGGUACAUUCUCCCCGUGACCGCAUGGGUUUUCUCUAAGAUCUUCGAUUUCCUCCCUCACUCCAAAGACAUUCAGGUGUAGGUUAACACCUUACAACCCUGUGGUGUUAAUCAUGAUUUCUCUAACUUCAAGUAACCCCUGCAUCCCCCCUCUCUCCGUCCCCUGCCACCCAAGACGCACCAGGUACAAAGUCGUCUUGUCGAGUCUCAUUGUCUCUACCUGUUCUCACCUAACAAACAACUAACAAUAGGAGGUAGACGCAAAAUGUUGGAGUAACUCAGUGGAACAGACAGCAGCUCUGGAGAGAAGGAAUGAGUGAUG